CGACGAACCCCAUUGCCUAGGUAAAUUCACACACAAGAGGUCCAUACAGAUUGAUUAAGGUCAGGAGAAACUAGGGAUGAGAAAUAGAUGUGAAAUUGAUCCAUACAUUGAACUCACAACUGUUUCUCCCUCGUCCUAACAAAGAAGAAUAAAACAGAAUGGAAGUAGGGGCUGUUUGGUUGGUUAGAGCCGCUUGGAUCGGUGCCAUACUUCCUGUGGUGAUCGCUUCGAUACCCAAUUCAAAGCUCACAUCUUUUCACCAACUCGUUCUUGGUUUCGCCCGGAGAGGCAAGAUUCUCCACCCCUCCUCUUCUCAGAAGUGGACACUUCCUCAGAGAUACUUUGCUCACUUCUAUGUCCUCGGUGUGGCCUGGACCACUCUUCUGCUCGCUACCACGUGGAUCUAUGCUUUCAAAAUGACCCUUUUAUCCUCUGACGAGUUCCAUCGGUUUAAAGUGUGGCGAGCAGUGUUUCUACUUCUCCUCAUGGAGAUCCAAGUUCUAAGACGCCUUGUAGAGUCAUUCUAUGUCUUCAAGUACAGCCCUUCUGCUCGGAUGAACAUUCUUGGCUAUCUCACUGGACUGUUUUUCUAUACAGCAGCGCCUUUAUCACUCUGCGUCAAUAUAGCUCCACAGCUGGUGGCUGAGUUCAUUGCUAAAGGAGCCUCAGCAACUGAGUUUGAUUUGUUAUCGUCUUUAACCCCUUUGAUGAAUCUUGGAUGGUACCAGUUGAUUGGUGGGGCCAUUUUUUUGUGGGGAUGGUUACAUCAACGACGCUGUCACGCUAUUCUUGGAUCGCUUCGAGAAACUCCUAGCCAAGCGAAAGAGUACAAAAUACCACAUGGAGAUUGGUUUGAGAUCGUCUCUAGUCCACAUUACUUGGCAGAAAUCGUUUUAUAUGCUGGUUUGCUGAUUGCAAGUGGAGGAACAGAUGUAACUAUCUGGUUACUCUUUGGUUUCGUGGUUGCGAAUCUGACUAUAGCAGCUGGAGAAACUCACCGGUGGUAUCUCCGGAAGUUUGAGAACUAUCCGGCUAACCGGAAUGCCAUUUUCCCUUAUGUUUACUAAAUGGUUUAAAAGAUGGAGCAUAACUUAAUCAAAGGUUGUACGGUAGUUUAAUGUUGAUGCAAAUGCUGUUAGAUGAACAAAAUACAAAUGAGUAUGAUUAGAUAAUCAAAUGGGUUUAUAUUGCACGUUGACAUGUUGAUG